AUGCCAUUCAGCUCCUUACUAGCGCCUCGGUCAAAGACCGAUCAUGCUAAACAAUUGCGAGAUUAUUUCACUGUGAUUGAAAAUGAACAAGAUAAAGAGAAGAAAAGCUAUGAAGAUGCGAUUAAAAACAUUCACAAGACUUUAAUUGCAUUAAAAGAUGGUCUAUUCGGUCCACGAGAUGGUAGUAGUGAGCCUGCGAUAAGUGAUGUUUCACAAUUGUGUAGUGGAAUCUAUACCCAGGAUUUAAUGACAAUAAUGAUAAAUAAUUUAAGUCGUGUGACAUUCGAAGAUCGAAAAGAGAUCGUAGCGAUUUUUAAUAAUCUAUUACGACGACAAGUUGGAGCGAAAUAUCCAGCUGUCGAUCAUAUUAUUCAACGUCCUGGAAUUUUAUUUAAACUAAUCGAAGGAUAUGAAAAUGCAGAUAUUGCAUUGAAUUGUGGGAUGAUGUUACGUGAAUCUGUACGUGUGCAAGAAUUGGCUGAUAUUAUAUUAAAAUCGCCAGAUUUCUACAAAUUUUUCGAUUAUGUACAAAAAUCGACAUUCGACAUAGCUAGUGAUGCAUUCGCAACUUUUAAAGAUUUAUUAACAAAACACAAACCACUAUGUGCAGAAUUCCUCGAACGAAAUUAUGAUCAAUUCUUCAAUAAAUAUCGUGAUUUGCUCAAUUCAGAAAACUAUGUUACACGACGUCAAUCAUUGAAAUUAUUGGGAGAAUUGCUGCUUGAUCGUUAUAAUUUUUCGGUGAUGACAAAAUAUAUAACUAACACAGACAAUCUCAAGCAACAAAUGAAUCUAUUGAAAGAAAAAAGCAAAAAUAUUCAAUUCGAAGCAUUUCAUGUUUUUAAGAUAUUUGUGGCCAAUCCAACAAAACCAAAAGCUAUCUCUGAUAUACUUCUUCGUAAUCGAGAGAAACUUAUUGAUUUUUUGACCUCAUUUCACACGGAUCGUACGGAUGAUGAACAGUUCAAUGACGAAAAAGCCUUUCUGAUCAAGCAAAUCAGUGAAUUGAAAGACACGAAAGCUUGA